AUGGGCAUCUGGCGCCUACUCCUGUUGAUAUUGUUUUUUGACGCGAUCUUCAAGGUCAUGGUCGCUGGCGUAAUGUACAGCUCUCCUGGCGACCUUGUUUUUGGCAAGGGGGACUCUACCAGGGUCGGAAGAGUCAAAGGCCACUCGUACAUAUGGCAGCAUCGGCAGCUCAUACGGUGCUCGAGCACAAUUCGGAUGAUCUUCAAGGUCAUGGUCGCCAGAAGAAUGUACAGCUCUCUUGGCGAUUUUGUUUUAUACACGCUCUUGGCAAGGGGGACUCUACCAGGGUCGGAAGAGUCAAAGGCCAAUCGUACAGAUGGCAGCACCGGCAACUCACACUGUGCUUCGGCUGGCCUUUCCAUGGUGAUGAUCAGUUCGAGUUCGGGUUCUGUACUUUAG